AUGGAACAACUAGAAAGAGAACGUAUUGAAACUUUACAAAGAGAGUGUCAAGAAAGAGAACAAGAACAAAGAGAGCAAGAACAAAGAGAACAGCAACAAAGAGAGCAAGAACAAAGAGAACAACAACAAAGAGACCAAGAAGAAAGAGAACGUAGAGAAAAUGAUUAUAAUUGCAGAGUAAAUCAAGUCGAUGUUGAAGAUGAAAAUCAAAAUAAUAAUCAAAAUAAUAAUCAAGAAAAUGAUAAUAAUAAUAAUAACCGUCCACCUGUUUUAAAUAGUGAUGAUGAUUUGAAUUCCAACGAUUCCUAUACCGAGAUGGAAUAUUUUGACCGUAUGGAUACCGAUUAG